UUUGCUUCACGUAUAAAUAUUAUAUACAAUAAAAAAAACAGGCCAGGGUCCUCAAAAACUUCCGGUUGCACUCGGUCAAUUCCAGUUCCGGGUCGCGUUGUUUGCAAAAUGGCGGCAACACCGGUUUCAACCCCUUCACAGUUGCUACCUUUGGAGUUGGUGGAUAAAUGUAUCGGCUCCCGGAUUCACAUAGUCAUGAAGAACGAUAAAGAGAUCGUGGGGACCUUGCUGGGGUUCGACGAUUUUGUCAACAUGGUGCUCGAGGACGUCACUGAGUUUGAGAUCACGCCCGAGGGACGACGGAUAACGAAACUGGAUCAGAUCCUCCUCAACGGGAACAACAUCACCAUGUUGAUCCCUGGAGGUGAAGGACCGGAGGUGUGAGCCGAACCACUGCAGCUGUGUUUUUCUCCUUUUUUUUUUUUUUUUUAUAGAAAUGUUAUGUUUUUGAUUGAUUGUAUAAUUUUUUUUAACGUAAAAAAAAAGCUGUGUCUGAGUUAGUACGACAUCUGAUAGUGUGUCAGAAUGAAGAGUUCUUUCCUGUUAUUGAUGAAUAAAGGCUUUUGUGGAGCCUGAA